AUGCCAACCUUCCUACUCCGGAAGAUGGGGAUGGGGAUGGAGGAUUGGAAGAAGAUAGAAAUAGAGGCGGUGGGAGGCAAGCUGAGGCCUCGCAUGAAAACCAAUUUAACUGUGGGUGGUGAUGAAGGGAACAAAAAAGCUACUGCCACAGUUCAGAAACAAGAUGCGGGAGGCAAAGGGUGCAGACUGAAACGGCCAGCGACAACAUUGUUGAGUCCAUUCACCGAUCCCUACAGGAAAAAGAGGACGCUUACUGAUUUAGAUGCAUCGGCACCCGAGGCAUGUUUUGAUCCAACGAAGUGGCCAUGGACGAUGUGA